GGUGUACUCAAGGAUUGCUUAAUUCAUGAAUGUCUAGAUAUUGUCCUGCAUCUGCUCAAGCAGGCUGCACUUGAAGGAGUCACAUUAUCAGACCCUGUUGGACAUAGCUGCUAUUGUUCUACCCCCUUUGCAAGCUAUAUCAUUGACACUCCAGAGGCUAUGAUGCUAGCUACUGUUGGUGGGAAAACAUCACCC